AUCUUCUGGUGGACUGAGAUACAGCAUGAUAUGCUAUGACUGGGCUGCCCCAACGAACUUCACCACAGAUGGGAUUUGAAACCACAAUUCCUGGCGUAGGAAGCCAGUUUUAGUCAGUUUAGUCAGUUAAGUGUUAAUGAAAUAUUAAUAGACUAAUUAACUAUUUCUAUAAUUGAUUAUUUGGUUUGUGGACAAAUGAAGACAUUUCAGUGUGGUUUGGGAAACAUUGCCUGACAUUUUCCGGCCAUUUCCUGUCAAUAAUUAAUUAAUUAAAUAGAAAAUAAACGAACGAUCUGUCGAUUAUGAUGAUAGUUGUGAGGAAAAGAUGUAUUUGCAUUUCGUAAACAGGGCAAGUUAAGAUGUCCGUUGUUGUUGGAUUUGAAAUCUAUCUGUUCCCAGUGAAACGUCGUUGUAACUUGGUUAGAGAUAAUCUUGCUUUUACUGAGGUCUCAUCGCCACAGCGUUAAAAGAUGCUGCACAGGGGACACUUUCAAGGGACACGUCACUGCACAGGUUUCUAUUAUUGUGACAUCUCUCGAGAUGGCAUGCCUAUCUAGUGCCAGCUUUCCUUAGCAGGGCAGAGCGGCUGCCAGGAGAGGAGAGGAGAUUUCAGAUAACUGCUGGAGGAAGGAGGGGCUGUGCUGGGAAAAGCAAGUGCGCAGUUGGAAAAUGCUACAGAGGCGGGAGGGUGUAUGACGACUGACUAAUUGUGUUUCAAAUUGGGUCUUUGAGUGCACAGUGGGGAAUGGGAUUGCACUGAGCUCCCCGCUGAAGCACCCAAGGAUGAGAAAGUUGUCGGAUUUGUAGGUCAGGCUGCAGGGGUUGUCGUUAGGCAGAUUCGCUCACAGCUCCACACAUCACAUCAGUUUGAUUGUGAUGGUGAGUGUGUGUGUGUGUUUUAAGUGAACAGCACCUCAGUUUUCAUUAAACAUUAAACAUUCUUUCUCUUCUUUUUCUCUGUUUAUACUGGAAUCUCUUCUGGCCGUGCAGUAAAUGUUGUGUUAAAAUAUUAAUUGAUUUCACAGUCUAAGACAGAGCUGUAGGAGUAUCCUCAUCCCAUCUGGAGCUCAUCAGAGCCUGACCCGGUUUUCGGCUGUGCUACGAUAGCGCGUGGCUCCACUGGGACCUGGCCCCACCUCGAGCUGACAAAGAGAAGAAGGCCACAGCCGACCCAUCCAACCCCAAUCUGACACAACCAGAGCCUUACAUCACCUAUUCCUGCCUCACACUGCCUGAUCCAAAAACCUCAAAGUUGCUUACAGUACAACUCCUCCUUCCUUCCGUCCUUCCUUCCUUAUAGUAGGUUAUUUAGUCUACCUUCUUCCAUUUUGGAAAGGGCUUCCGGGUAUAUUGUGCCCUACAAAAAAAAUAAUUAUCUUAUCUCCCUAAUUCCCAAUUAUUAUGCACAGGCUUAAAAAAAAAAGAGGAUUAGAUCAUGUUGCCGUUUUGUUAGCUGCACAUGUGGAUGUGACGCCCGUCCUCUGCUGCAGUGAGCACGGCCCUGCACAUGGAUGAAGUGGAGGAGGAAAGAGCACGCCGAGGCUGUCAUGUAAGCUGUCUCCUCUGGGGCCACCGCGCGGUGUGCACUGCUUCCUGCUGCCUGAGGUAGAAGCGUCAGUGUUUCUGCUGCUGAGGCGUCAGACUCUCGUCCUCCUCUCUGUCCCCGUGAGAAGGCAGCAGCUCCACUCACGCAGCACUGAAAUGGAGAAGAUCUGCUCAGAGUGCGCCGAGCCAACGCUUGCACAGAGUCUGUGUACGCUCUGCAACAAGUGGUUAUGUUACCAGUGCACAGACGUGCAUCAGCACCAGAGGCCUGCAGCCGCCCCUCCGUACGCAGACCUGCACCAGCAGAGGCCCGGCGCUGCCCCGUGUCCCGAGCAGCACCAGAGAGGCUCCGGUUCGAUGCCGCCGACUGGACAAGGCCCAGGGUCGUAUCCUUGCUCCCUCCUAAUGUGCCACUCUCACAGACAGGAGCCCUUGGAGCUGUUUUGUGAGUCAUGUGACCUUCUGUGCUGCAGCAGCUGUCACCUGUCCUCCCACAAAAACCACAGAGUGGUGCCGAUCGGGAAGGCUCUGCAGGAUCAGCAGUGGCUGCUUGAGAGUCUGACGGUGCAGGUGGAUGAGAGGAGGUCUGCGGUGGAGAACAAUGCGAAAGAGAUAGAGGGCAGACUUCACGGCGUGAAGAUCGCUCACAGGAAGGCAGAGAACCAGAUUAAAAUGGCAAAGAUGAUUAUGAUGAACGAGCUUAACAAACGAGCCAACCUAUUAAUAGAGCAACUGGAGAAAAUCUCCGAGGACUUCCAGCAGCGUCUGGACGACCAGCUGCAGGGGGCGAUAGAGACGUGCGGCCAGCUGGACCACGUUCAGAAGUUCAUCACCUGGGCUACGACCCACCAUCGCAGAGGCCCGGUGCUCUUCAGCAGGGCUCUGAUUUCCCUCCAGAUGCAGCACCUGCUCGAGCCUCCUCUCCACUCAGACUCUUGGAGUCCGGUCAAGAUCAAAUUCAACUGGGACGCAAGUUACUGGAUGAAGCAGAUCUCCACUUUGGGCCAGCUGACUGCUGAAGGAGGGAACUGCACUUUUCCUCCGGCUCUGUCCUGCUCCAGUAUCCUGAGGCCUCAGCCCAUCACCUGCUCGGCGCUGCCGCCUGUGUUCCACAGACGAGAGCCGGGCUGUGGGUACCAGGCCUGCUGCGAGCCACAGAGGUGCUGCCUGCACGCCGUUUCCUCGCAGCAAGAUCUUUCCAGUCUGGACAAAAACCAAGCAGAGGCCGCGCUCUAUAACUCCAGCUGUGUUCAGCCUUCUCUCUUCUCUGCACCCCUGCACCAGAGCCAGCAGCUCCAGAGGUGCUGGGAGACAGAGGGCUCCUCACACUGUCCUCCACCUACAUCACCCGUCCCAUUCAACUGCAGUCGAGGAUCUGCGUCCCAGCCACAGGCUCCUGACUCCCACUCCCACUCAAAAUCUUAUCCUUCCUAUCACCACCACCACAGAGAGAUUCUUCCAGAGCAAAGUGCAGACUGUGGCAGGCCAGCGCAGUAUCAGGGGAAGCUGAGCUGCACAGCUGCUGCAGACAGAGGUGUGGUGGCCGAAGAGAGCUGGGAGGAGAGCUGCACACUGGAGGAGGCCGGUGGUCGCACGGAGCAGGAGGACGAGGACCUGCAGCAGGUCAGGGAGGAGCAGAGUCCAGCCCAGCAGCAGCAGCAGCAGCAGCAGCAGCGCUGUGUCACACCUGCAGCAGAGCUGAGGAAAGAACACCAGACGCCCAGACCUGCACUGACACUGAGUGACCAAAGGCAUGGCAGGAGAUCCACAUCCCUGGAGGUGUCGGUGACAGCACACGACGGUGCGUCUGAUGUGCAGAGCAGCAGCAGCAGCAGCAGGCUCAGCCCGAGUUCGGCGUGCGCGAGGAGGAAGAGACGUUCCCAGAGCAUCCCGGCAGAACUGGCAGCCGCCUCCGCCAGCCCCUGCACCGAGAGACCCGCAGGAUGCAGCCUAGCGGCAGGAGCCGCAAACAAGUGUCACUCCAGAGGGAGAAUCACCAAAACAUUGUGGUCACGCUUUACUAUGAAGGUGUUUGUGUUUACUAUGUUUCGUUGUCAGUUAGUCACUGUCGAUCCCAGACAGAGGAGAGCAUCUGACGGGGUGCUCUGUGUCGUCAAGGAGACGGCAUCCGUCGUGUCCGCCAAAGUCCACAGGUCUCCUCUGCUGUGUUAUAAGACAGAGCCAGAUUACUCGUUCACUUAUCUAAAUGAAGAGAUCAAUUGCGAGGUCAAGGAGAAGUGCAGGAUGUCGAGGAACAGUCACGGCAGAAACUCUCAGAAGGACUCACUGAGGCCCAGAGUGCCGGUGGUUUGCUUAGAGCGUCUGAAAAUCCUCGUCUCGCAGCUUCCCCCGCACGGACGACGACAGAGCGACCCUUUACCUGCCAGCGCGAUGGAGAGGAGCGAAACUCUGCCACAGCAGAAAACCUGGCAGGGCGUGAAGCCUCGAAAGAUAUCUGGAGGCUCUGAGACCAGGAGGAACCCCCAGUCACUCACGGCGCCGCUGUACGCAGCCGAGCGCCAAACUCAGACUCCAUCCACCGCGCUGUCGCCCAACACUGACUUUGACACUCGAGGGAGAUUCAUCCCCUGUAGAGCAGGAGCCUCCAUGGACCCUAAAUACGCACCACAGAGUUACUCUGCGCUGGAUAUAGACUCUGAUUCUACUCUUAGGUCGUUCUCAGAGAACACAGCGGUUUCUGGGCCUGAUCCAGAACCACGCGUAGACUCAGACUCGUCGCCGGAGUCUGACCCAAAUGCAGAGUCCUCAUCUGAGGCUGAACUUGAAUGUGUGGCUGAGGAGAAAUCAGUGGCUGCCGGUGAGAUGGGGCUCUGCAGUGAGACUGAUAUUGCAGGGGAUUCGGAGCCAAGUCUGGAAUAUGAGGAAGACCCGGAAUCAGAUGCAGAAGUGGGGUCAGAGGAUGAUCAGGGACUGAACGCUGAUGCAGAAUCAGGCGAUGCUGAAUCCGAGUCUGACAUUCAGCUCGAGUAUGACCCCAGUUUUCCGGCUGAGACUUACUCUGACGUCGCGCCUGAUCGGCCUCCGGACUACCAGGGCUCUGUGGAGUCUGAGCUCGACGUGGAAUCCGAACCCGACGUGACGACCGACGACCCACAGCCGCUUCGCUCCGACCUGGAAGAGGAAUCCCAUAUUGGACGCAGUCCGAGGCCGCUCCUGAUCGCGAACCCUGCACCUCAGAGGGGGACAGAGGACAUUCAGGACGACGAGCAGGACAACGCAGAGAUGGAGAGCGAAGACUUCUGUGCUGUGUGUCUGAUCGGCGGCGACUUGCUGUGCUGUGACCGCUGUCCCAAAGUCUUCCAUCUUUCCUGCCAUGUCCCGUCUCUGCUGAGCUUCCCCUCCGGUGACUGGGUGUGCAGCCUGUGCAGAGACGCUCUGCAGCCGGAGGUUGAGUACGACUGUGAGAACGAGAGGACAUCUGGAGAAGAGAACCUGGCACGUGGACUGUCUGCAUGUGACCAGAGAAAAUGUGAGCGGCUGACUCUUCUGAUCCUCAGUAACAUCCUGAGUGCGCCCUUCCAUGAGCCCGUCAGUCCACUCGCUCGACAUUAUUACCAGAUCAUCAAGAGGCCGAUGGACCUGUCUGUGAUCAGAACCAAACUCCAGAAGAGAAGUUCUCGACAUUACAGCUCACCCGAUCAGUUUGUCGCCGACUUCUAUCUCAUGUUCCGCAACUGUGCAAAGUUCAAUUACCCGGACUCUGAGGUGGCCCAGGCAGGACGCAGCCUCGUGGCGUUCUUCGCUGCCAGGCUGAAAGACGUCUUCCCGGACAGAGUUUUCCCCGCGGCUGAGGCGGAUUCUGACAGCGACGAGUACGACGAAGCCUACAGGGCGGCGGAGAGCGGCUUCCCCUGGCCUGAGCGGAGGGAGCAGAGCCACAGGAAGAGGAAACGGAGAAACUCUCUCAAGUCGAGGAGACAUCACUUCUAAGCGGAGGUGAAUUGGAUGCAGCUACAAACAAAAUUCAUGCCUGAAUGUAUUGAAACAAUACUUCUUCCUCUUAUUCUUCUACUUCUUAUUCCACUGUUUUUUUGCCUGUUAACUAGUUCCACACUCGUGAACAUAGACAGAUAGCUCAGUUAGGGCAUUAUUCAGUCCAUUUAGAACCUAAACUACCAGAACGUAGAAAAAUGUGUCUAGUUUCAUACACUGGAACUACCAAAGCACAGUGACUUACUGAAUAUGAACUGUGAACCAUCCAGCUUCAAUAAAACCUGACCUCUCCAACUCCAAUCGUAAAACUGCCGUCUCUCAGGCACUUUUGACUCUUUGAAUCUUCACAAAAACCUACAUCAGGGUCUUUCAGCAAAGCCUUGUGACAGUCACGGUGAAGAAUGUCAGCAAUACAAAAACUAAGGUCUUUGCUUUACAAUGAGCAGUUCGGAAGGUGCUUCAGUGGUGCUCUCUGUGUGACACAUGCAGCUGAUUCAGAUCAGCAGAUUAGACUGCUCACAGGUAAACACACCAACACAGUGACAGCGAAUAUUCAGCUCAUUUAGGACGUCAUAGUGUUUAAAUCCAUCCUUCAGGAUGGCUGUAUGUGAAAAUACGUGUAACACAGUGAGUUAGCGUCUUCCUCUGCAAAAGCGUUGUUCACAGCGCGAGAUUUCAUUUUUGCGAUUACCGCGACAGCCCCUAAUGGAUGUAUUCAGAUUUGUGGAUAUAUUUCCUUCUUUCGGUCCCUCGUUUUGCACAAAUUUUCUUCUUUCUCAACAUUCAGACACUCUGUUAGAAAGUUGAACUUCAACGCAGCGUGCCAGAUUGGCUUCAGCUCGGGCAGACGGCAGCAAUACCACUGUCAUUUCUUCAGAAAUUGCCUUUUCUCUCGAUGAUAUCAUUGUAGACUUAAACCGAUCAGAGGAGCGGAGAAUGUUAAAGUUAAGAUUAUAUAAUAAAGGAGAUAUAUUUGGAGAAAUAUCAGUUUGUUGAGUUGCUUCUGCUCAAAACGACGUGGUGUUACGAUAUCAUGUCGCAUCAUGAACAUUGAUCAUUUGAAAUUAGGUUUGACGGCACAGUUUACAAUCAGACCUCCUGUCGUUUCUGUAUAAUGUACAAAGAAGAUGUCGUGGUUGGAUGUUCAUUAAUCUCACUUUGCGUCAUUGUUACUAUUAUUAAAAAUGGUACUUUAUUAAGCACUUUGGAAUAAGUAAAUUUAGUAUUAAAUUGUAAAGAUGAGUAAGUGCACAGAAGUUUAUUUCACAGUAUUUGUCACUUUAUUUGUGAAAUAAUUGCAGGUGAUCGUCAUAGGCCUGAUUAACGACUCAACUAUGUGUCUUAGUGGCUUUGUUUUGAAAAGCAGCAGUGAAUCAUGUUUUAUUUGGAACGUGAAAGAAGGAACUUAUGGAAGACCAUUUCAGAAAAAAAAGAGGUAAAAAUUAGCCUUGAUAAUAAAAAUAUCCUCAAAGUCGAAAUUAUGAGAUAAAAAAGUCAUAAUUUCGACUUACUUUGAGGAUAUUUUUAUUAACAAGGCUAAGUUUUACCUCUUUUUUUUUUUCCUGCCGGAAACAGGCUUCCAUAAGAACUAGUGUUCUGCACAACAGGGCAUUUUUUUUUUCUUGUCUGAGGGAUCACUGCAAUAUCUCGUGUUAAAAUGUGUGUAUACUGUUGUUCUUCUCUAUUAAAUAAAUAUCUCAGGCCGAAUAAGAGUAUAAGGUAUUAAUUUUAUGUAUUUAAAAACAUUUUUUCAUUGUAAAGGAAAUCUGUAGUUUUGUAAAAACACACACAUUUCUGUUUUUAAAUAUGCUUUUCUUGUCUCUUGCUGCUUAAUCUAGAAUUUACUUGGCUUUUUCACACAUGCAUUUGUUAUCCGUGUCUUCUUCAAUCAAUUCCAAGACUAUAUACAGUAUAUAGAUGCUGAUAUUGACAUCUGUAUUAGGGGAGAUUGAUACACUUUACUUCUAAAUCUGGUUUUAAUUCUUUUUUUUUUUUUUUUACUGUAACAGUCACCAGU